AAACCAAACUCAUCACGUGAACCUAGCUACACAAUUCAAUUUAAUUAUAUUAUUCUUAGUCUUAUAUGAUUUAAUUAAAUAAUAAUACUAAUCUACAUGUUCACUUUAUCAUGCCACCUUCACUCCAUUUCUAAGACCAUCAAACAAGACUCAAGGCACCAACUACUCUCAUAGAAACCAAAAUGUUUGGUAAUGGUAACUGUGAUGUUGAUAAUGAGAAAACCAUAAUCACUUCUAGCAAAUGGACACAGAGUGAGAUAGAUGAUCAUAAGGUUUCAAUGGCUUCUUCAACCGGUAAUAGGGUUAUGGAAAAACCAGGUCAAGAGCUUCUUCAACAACAACAACAAGCUUUAAGAUGCCCACGUUGUGAUUCAUCCAACACCAAAUUCUGUUACUACAAUAACUACAGUUUAACGCAACCGAGACACUUCUGCAAAGCCUGUAAAAGAUACUGGACAAGAGGUGGAACACUCAGAAAUGUUCCUGUUGGUGGUGGUUGCAGAAAAAACAAACGUCUUAAACGACCAACAUACUCUUGUUCCAACAACAACAACAUUGAUUCUUCUGCUUCUCCUUCUUCUUCAACUCCUUCUAGUGUUGUUGCUAAUCCAAACCCUCCUUCUCAAUCUCAACAACAACAACAACAACAACAGCACCAUAGUUUUGAUAUUGCUGCUACCUCAAACCAUAUCAAUACUAUGCUUUAUGGUGGUAACUCUUGUCAUGAUGUUAUGAAUUUUCCUUUUUCAACAAGGUUUAAUUCUACUACUAGAGUUUCAAAUCCUGCUUCUGGUUAUGAUAAUCUUCCCCAGAAUGGUCUUGGAUUAGGUUUUUCAUCUGGGAUACUAAUGUCUGCUGCUGGAGGAGAAGUUAAUCUUAAUCAUCAUCAUCAUCAUCAUCAUGAUGAGGGUAGUUACAGAAAUGGGUUUAGUACUUCAAAUAAUAACAAUUACAGUUCCAUCUUUGGUUCUUCUUCUACUUCAACUACUCCUGUUAUGGCUUCUCUACUUAGCUCUACACUACUGCAACAGAAGUUCAUGAGUACUGGUGGUGGAAUAAAAGGUGGUGGUGGUGGUGGUGGUGGUGAUGAUGAUCCUUUUCAUCAUCAUCAAGAGAUGGAUUCAAAAGAAGUGAAAUUAGGUGAAGGGCUACAAAAUAGGUUGGAUCAGUGGAAUAUGAAUAAUCUGAAUGGUAAUGGUGGUGCUGUUUUUCAAAACCAGAUGGAGAAUAUGGGUUUGUCUGAUAAUAAUGCUUCUCUUUAUUGGAAUAAUAAUCACAACAACAGCAACAACAACACAUCAGCAACAGCAACAGGUUUGAGUAGUGUUUGGAGUACUGAUCAACCUGGUUCUAAUUCAGUUUCUUCUCUGAUCUAGAAAGAUCAAAACUAUCUUAUUCUUAUCUCUUUUUGGCUUCUGUUUAUUGCUGAAAAAAUGCUGUUUUUUUCUUCUUUUGGGGUCAAUUGGGUUUGGUUUACUUACAUUGAAAAAAAAAAUAGAGAAAAGGUGAGAGAGUUUAGGAUCAGAGAGAUCAUGUCAGCUGCAAAUAUAUUACUAUACUAGUCUUCAACCUUGUUAGUUUUAUGUCUCAAGGUUGAGAAAUUUGUGCUGAGAGGAACCUCGGAUCCUCUUCUCUCAUCAUGUGUGUAACUCCAUGGAUGAAGAUCAAGAAAUGAAGGUUCUUCAUUUGGUGAGUACUACUACUGAGUACUGAGUAAGUUGAAGUUGGUCAUUUUCAUUAGUUUUGUAAUGUGUAUAUGCAAUGACAUAUGAAUAUCCUUUAUUUUCUUUACUCUUUUUUCUAAUGUAUUGUCAUUAGUUUCUUUUCUCAUGAAAGAAACUAAUGUUUGUUAACUUUCUUAACAUUUGGGAGAGGUUAGGUUAUGGAGAUUAUUGGGGUUUGGGGUAUAAUGAAUGGUAUAGAAGAGGGGGUGAUUAAUUAAUAUUCAUGUAUGUGGGAUUGAUUUGGUACUUUGGUGUGUGAGAAACUUUAUGUUCAUGCAAAGUGUAUGGUUGUUGUUGUAUUAUUAUUAUCUACUUUAGACAAUUGAUGAUAAA